UUUAAUAUAUGUGUGCAUGUUUAUGUGCUUGCAUGUAAGUGAAAAUUGUUAAUGCUCCCACCGUCGGGUGGCUGGGGUGCCUUUUAGGGUAUAUGCCUAGAGGCAAUGCGAAGAAAAUUGAAAGUGCUCAAUUAAAUUCCAAGCAGCGUGCAACAUCAAGACGACGCAGUGCAGCUUCGAACCAACCGGGCAGCAUAGGCUUAGACUUUGCGACUUGCCUGUUCAUAGACUAUUCGGCAGUACGCCGCUAAGUUAGCUAGUGUAUUCGUCAUAUUUUGAUGUCGGCGUUUCCUACGGUUUUGUUAGCGCCGUCGCAGUCGCAGCCUUUGUCAAUGUGUUGUUAAAUAUUGUCGACGCCACAUCGUUGUUUCUGAUUGCUAAGGUAGUCUAGUGGUGGUCGUUCGCAUUAGUAGACGUCGUUGUCAUCGCGUUAAUUUGAAAAGAUUACAAUUGGUUACGUACGAGUGGAAAACAAGUAAAAUCGUGAAAAAUAGGUUGUGAACGUUUGUCGCAAACGUCGACAUAUUGACGGUGUAGGGAUUCAUUUUUAUUACUUUGCUUCAAGAAGUUUUUGCAAAGCGAAUUCUAAUUUAAUGAAUUUUGUGCCGUGUUUUAACCUGUCGUAUAUGUUGUCAUCACUGACUCACUCCGCACCGUUCGUUGUGAGUCGCAAAUCUUUGCUGCAUACAGGCCAAAAUAUUUAUAGGAAUGUGGAUGCUGCCAUACAUAAGGAUAAACUUGGUUCACCGACUGGGGGCUUAGAUGAUGGUAAUUUAGCAGCUUUUGGUAUAAACGCACUAAUGGCCACAGGAGGUAUCGACAUGGGUGACUUGGCCCAGGAAUUAGAUCAGGAUGAGUUUGAUGGUCCAAAUAUGUUGAAUGGUGAACGACCAGCCAUAAUUGCACCACCGGAGAGUGAAUGGUAUCAUGGGCGUUUGGAUCGUUAUUCAGCUGAAUCGCGACUACGCGGAACUGGCAAAUUAGGCAGUUAUUUGGUUCGUGAAAGCGAUCGCAAGCCGGGUUCAUAUGUAUUAAGCUAUUUAGGACGUACUGGCAUUAAUCAUUUUCGCAUUACUGCCGUGUGUGGUGAUUUCUAUAUUGGUGGACGUCAAUUCGUGUCGUUGAGCGAUCUCAUUGGCUAUUACACCUCAUGCAGUGAUUUGUUGAAACGUGAGCGCCUGGUGCUACCAGUGCCACCGCCAGAGCCGGUGAACGAUAAGAAGCGUGUUGUGGCACAUUUACCCUAUACCAAAAUGGCUGACACAGAUGAGUUAAGCUUUCAAAAGGGUGAUAUAUUUUUUGUGCAUAAUGAUAUGGGCGACGGUUGGUUGUGGGUGACAGCUCAUCGCACUGGUGAGCAGGGCAUGAUCUUCCGUGAACUAGUCGAGGAUUUGGAUCCGGCAAUCGACCCAAAUACAGUUUUCCCUUGGUUCCAUCCGAAUUGCACUAAGAAUGAAGCAGUUGACAUGCUGGUGAAAGCCGGCCCAGGCAGUUUUUUGGUGCGACCAAGCGAUAAUUCGCCUGGCGAUUAUUCGCUCUUCUUUCAUAUUAAUAAUCAAAUCCAGCGUUUUCGCAUUGAAAAGAAAGGCGUACGUUAUCUGAUGGGUGGGCGCACUUUCGAGUGCUUGGAUGCGGUGAUCAAUCGCUAUCGCAAAGAGCAAAUCGUCGAAGGUCACUCGCUCAGUCAUCCAGUGGUUAAUGGUUCACAGCCUGAAUUCAAUCAACAGUUUGUGGUGGAGAAGGCAGCCGAAAAAAUUUAUGCCACUCUACGCGAAUGUCGCGAUCAAAUAGGUUUGAAGAAGUUAAACGGCAUCAAACAUCACGGCCCUUUGUUCAAGAAGUCUGAUAAGACAGCCAAAUGGAAACAAUUGUACUUUGCGCUUAUCAGCGAGGGCAGCGAAACACAUCUCUGCUUCUAUGAUAAUCCGAAAAAGACUAAACCGAAGGGUCUCAUCGAUCUAUCGUGUGCGUAUUUAUAUCAGUGCCAUGAAUCGCUAUGGGAGCGGCCAUAUUGUUUUCAAAUAGUCGAGCGCGCACUGCCAUGCUUGGCUAACAAUACGUAUCUAUGCGCGACACAAGAGACGUACGUAAAAUGGAUCAAUGCGCUAAAAGCGCAAUGCAGUUCACAAUUCAGUCGGGCGCAAAUCAAAGUGCCGUGUUUGCGCGAGUUGCGCUGCCUGAAUUUACAUGUGCUCGAGGCGCAUAAACUGCCAUUCAAAUUGGUGCCGCAUCCGUACUGCAGCAUCUCGCUGAAUCAAGUGAAGGUGGGUAAGACACGUGUGAAGAUCGCGCCCGAUCCAGUGUGGGAGGAGGAAUUCGUUUUGGAUGAUGUGCCUCCGGAUGUAGUCUCGCUAACAAUUACGCUAAUAUCGCGUGGCAAACGCGGCAAAGAUUCGGAAGUCGCUGAGCUCACCAUCGAUUUGGCCAGUCUGAAGAACGGUCAAGAGACGGAGGGCUGGCAUCAGCUCACCGGCAUGACACCCAUGGGCGAGUGGGGUUCACUACGUUUGCGCAUGCGCUAUUUGGAUGACUUGAUUAUGCCCUGCGAAGAGUACAGCCCAUUGCAGGAGUUGCUGCUCAAGCCCGAGUUAUGCGUUGUUAAAGCUUUGGCUGAACUUUGUCAUAAUGAUCGUGUGCCGCUCGCUACGGCACUUCUACGUGUAUUCCGUCACGAGAAACGCGAGACGGAACUGAUACGCGUACUUUGCCAAGCGGAAAUCGCACGUGAAAACGAAACAACUACACUGUUUCGCGGCGCUUCACUGGCCACUACACUAAUGGAUUUGCACAUGCGCACUGAGUGCUCGCGUUUCUUGCACGCAGCCGUUUCGGAGACGGUGCAGCGCAUACUCGACAGCAAGCAAUCGGCUGAACUCAAUCCCACCAAGAUGGAUGUGAACGAUGAUGCUUGCUCGAAUGCCGAGUUUUUGUUGCAGAUACUCGAUUCGGUGACGCAUUCGAUAUUCACCUCGCCCGAGGCGUGCCCACGCAGUGUGCGCUACAUAUGUAAUUGCCUGCAAAAGGCCGUCGUUGCCAAGUGGCCAACUGAACGUUUGGUACGCACUCGCGUCGUCUCCGGUUUCAUAUUUCUACGCCUCCUAUGCCCGGCACUGCUGAAUCCGCGCCAGUUUGGCCUGGUGAGCGAAACGCCACCAACCAUGGCCACGCGUUCUUUAAUUAUGGUAGCCAAAUGCUUGCAGAAUCUAGCAAAUCUAAUUGAGUUUGGCGGAAAGGAACAAUACAUGGAGGUGGUCAAUCCGUUUAUAUUGAAGAAUAAGGAACGCAUGAUUGUCUUUCUCGAUCAAUUAUCACUCGUUACGGAUCCAAAUCCACCGCCAGGCAUGUUCAACGAACAAAACUCCAAUCAUACUGUGCAGGAUGUGCAGGACACAGUGCAGGAUACUGGUCGCGAACUGGCCACACUCCAUCACAUUUGCGUCUCUUACUUGCCGGAGUUGCAAGGUCUUUCGAACAUACUCUCCAUUAAGAAGUUGGUCACCGUCACUGACAUGCUGACAAAGCACAAGCUUAACUAUCGCGAAAAGAUUAGCUAAGAUGAAAAUACCGAUGCAAUCAACAGCUCCUGGAGGUUAAUAGCCAAACAGUAACAACUAUAACAACAGCAGUUACCAAAAGUCAGAAGUUACGUAUGAAUAGUGAGCAGUUGAAGCAAAUUAAUGAGAACACCAAACAAAAUCUAUUUAUACAAUAGCAAGAACAAUUGAUAACUUAAUGAAAUGCGCGUGUGAACGCUGCAACACAAGACAUAAUACAUAAGUAGAAGCUAGGAAAAAGCAGUAUGCUAGCCGAAACAGUGAGCAAAAUGCUGGUCACAAAAACAAAAUAUUUCAUUUAUUCACGUUCUACGCUGCUAAGGCAUUCGAAGUGUCAACUAACUGUAUUUUUUGCAUUUCAGCCUGAACAUUUGCGUGCUUGCGGCUCACAGUCCACUUGCUUAGCAUUUUAAAUAUGUAACUCAAAUUUUAUUUUUACUUGAGAAAUAUCUAGUUCCCGUGCUGCAAUGCCGUUGCAUUUUUCUAUCAAAUAUUUGUAGAAAUAACGAACAGCAAACUAUAAACGCCAUUUUUAGCUCAUUUUUGCUUUGAAAAAUUCAAGUUCAGCUUAUUUAUGUGUUUUUAUUUUUUUGGUAUUUUUUUAUAUUUAUUUUAUUAUUAUUUUUUAAUAUUUAUUUUAUUAUUAUUUUUUUAUUUAUUUAUUUUUAUUUUUUUGUAGUUAUUUAAUUUUUUUGUUUGUUUUUAUAUUUUUUGUGCAAAAAUCUUUGUUAUAACUUCGUCUUGCUGCAUUUCGACGCACUUCUUUGCAUUGCCGGAGUGCACUUGCUUUGUUCUUUUGCUGAGCCGCUCUCUAUUUUACUUUAGCAAUACGAAAAAUGCUUUUUUUAUUCUUUAAAUUUGUAUCAAGUGAAUUGUCGCUUUUAAUAAAUACACAUUUUGUCCUUAGCUUUAUAAUAUACAUACAUACAUACAAACAUGGAUUUUCCAUUUUCGGUAAUUUUUAUAUUUUUUCAAUACAUUUAUUUAUUAUUAUAGUUGCUUAUAGCGUUUUCUUUCUGUAAAGCUUUUUUUUAAUUAAAUACCUUCUAUAUACUCCUGCUUAUAAAUAUAUUCUUACACAUAUUACACCUACAUACAUAUAUAUGGAAUGUCUUCUUUUGUAAUUAUAUACAUACAUAUAUACAAUACAUUAAUAUAUAAAUAAUAAUCGAUAAUGCGCCGUGAGGACGGCGUAACGGAAGUGCGUGACAUUGCGUAGAAAAAAACAUUAAAUUUACUAUUUAGCUUUAAAGAAUCUCAAUUAUAAAGAAUGCAAAAAAAAUAAUAAAUAAAUAAUGUGUAAAAUUAAUGAAAGUUACAACUAAAUACGCAUUUAUACCCUAGUCGAACGUAUAUACAUACAUACAUGCAAACAUACAUAGAUAUGUACAUGAAUGAGUACUACACUUUUCCUUUGUAAAGCAUUUAACUAUUAACGGGAAUUUAAACAUAAAAUAAUGAAAUGUAUGAACACUUUGUGCAGACACGAGACUGUCAAUGAACAAUAACCAAAUAGAAAUAGCGAAUAUUGGAAUUGCAAGUAAUUUAAAAAAGUUAAAUAUUUUAUGCAAAAACAAGAAUAAUUUAUUUUAAAUGAAAAACUGUGUAAUGAAGUUUCCAAAACUUUUUUUUAAAUAAUUUUUAUUUUUUAAUAUUUUUUAUAUAUAUUUUUUUAUAUAUUUUUUUAUAUUUUUUUAUAUAUUUUUUUAUAUAUUUUUAUAUUUGUUUUAAUAAUUUUACUAAAUUUUAUCUUUACAGUUAUCUCUAUUAGCAAUUCACUUCACUUUUCCAUAUUUUAACCAGAAAAUUAUUUAGUAAAUUCAAUUUUAUUUGAGACUUUUUUUUUUGUUAUAUUUUCACUAAUUUUUAAGCAAAUUUCUUUGACACCAAUGACUCGAAGGAGGGUUUACGCCCAGCUAAACCGCAUAAACAAUUACUUCGCCAAACCCCCACCUCAAGGUCCCCCACAAUUACAAGUAGGUCAAUGAAACCAUUUCCCUCGGGCUCAGAUAGAAAAUUACAUUAAAAACCAGAAAAAAAUCAAGCCAACAAGCUGCUCCUAAACCUUAUCCGAUUUUGUAUUCAUAUAUACACACACACACAUACAUAAAUGAGUAGAAAAAGAAUUAGCAAGUCUAAUUGCGAUAAAUAAAUUUAAAGCGAAAAUGUAUUCAUAAAAGCCUAAGCAAAUGAAAAACUAAAUAAACUAAUAAAUAAGUAAUAUAAAAGAAUAAUAUGAAACUUGAUGAAUAUGUAAUUGUAUUUGCAAAAUUUAUACAACCGUCAAAAUAAAAAUACGCAUUUAGCAAAAAAAUUAAAUAAUCAA